CCCCCGAUAUACUUCUAGCACGCAUAUAUGCAUGCAUGGUUAAUUUGGCAAAAACAAGAAAAAAUAUUUAUUGACUUAUCAAUUGUUGUUUAUGUGCUUAACUUUCCCUUUUUGCUGUCUAAUUCAAACAAAUUAUUUGAUGUUAUCCUUGCAAAACAUUUCCUUAAAAUUUCAUCAUAUCCACCUGGUACUAGUUAGUCUCCGCCGCAGCCGUUACUUUUGACGUCACGCAACGCCGCUACCCACCGGUAAUCUUCAACUUCGUUGUCCUGUGUGUACAAACGUCCACUCUUCUCAAACAAAAUUGAAGAAAAAUGCAAUUUUUCCUGACGAUAGGACGCGGUUGAACGCAGGCGUCAACCUCGCUAGUUGUGUGUAACUCGCCCAGUACGAUAAGUUGUUCGAUGGAGAAUUGUUCCUUUCACCACAGGUGGGAAAUGAUACGUGCCUUGCUGAGAACUCUUUUUAUUACCGACAGAAAUGACGUUUUUACACCCAGCAGUAAUUUUGACUUGCAGCCAUAUAGCAAAGCUUGUGAGAAUACCUACAAUCUGUUUGUGGUGCUUUCAAUGUCCGACGUCAUUUACAGCUGUGCAAUACGAUCAGAAUCAAAUUACCAAGGUAUCGCGUCUCACACGGAUAGGAUUACAUGAGUAUCUCAAAACAGGUCGCUGACUCACCGAAUAGAAGCAUAUUGCAGGCCAUAACACGCUGAUUCGUUACGAAAAUUCGCCAGUUCGUGACGAUAAACCUUUGCCAACCACCGAUUGCAGGGAUUGCUGAAACAGGUAUGCAGUUUUAAACUGUUUACAGUGACGUCACUGCGUCAAUCCCUGAGGCCUUCGGAAAGUCAAUAAACUCUAUUGCAGCACACGCCAUCGAUACGCCGUGUUCGAUUUUCAUCCAAGCGUGUUGAGUAUCAUGGGAGGCAAGCCAGGUAAAGAAAAAAAAGGCAAAAUAAUCGAAGAUGACUUCGUGGAAAUCGACAAGUUUUCUGGUGGUACCGACGAAUUCGGCGAGAGAAAAGGUGAAGGAAUGUAUUGCUAUCAAAAUGGCGAUAUUUAUGACGGAGAUUGGAAGAAAGGAAGGAAGCACGGCUACGGAAUAUAUACAUAUGCAAAUGGAAAAAGCAUCAGAGGAUGGUUUUACAAGGAUCGCUUUAUAGGAUCAGAACCAAACGAAAAGUUAAAGAAAAAGCUAAAAAAGAAACCAAAAGUAAUACAAGAAGAUGCUCCUCCUUUGCCACCUCCAGCAAGUCUUCUAUUUUCCCCUCCUGAAAGAAACAAAUCAAAGCCCUUGAAUACAACUCGCCUCUCUACAAGUCAAGAAGAUGUUUCUAAAGACGACCGGCUUGAACCCGAUAAUUUUCGUCGAGCGAAGAGCGAACGUCGACCAAAGAACUUUUUUCGAAGAAAUUACCAAUUACCCAGCAAAGACGAGGAGAAGAUGGAAAGACAAAGAAGUGUAAGAUUGAGGCAGUCAAUUCGCGCUAAAUACGGUUUACCAGAACCUUCAAGAAAGAAUCCCUUACUAAGUAAUUCCGAAUAGUGAAAUUAUUGGUGUGAUAUAUCCCUUAAGAAAUUAUAGAGCCGAGAUUCGAUGACCAAUCAACCGCUCUCCCAGAAAUUAAACGCAGCCGUAUAACAGAAAUUUGCUAUUUUGCCUUCUUCUUUUUGUUUUUACGCUAUUUUGAAAGGGUACAAACAGGUUGAUUUUUGUACCUUUGUCAAAAUAGCGAAAAGUGCGAACUAAUUUACAAAGCGGAUAUAACAGACCAAUCACAACUGGUGGUUGAUUCACGUGAUCGUGCAGUCUCUAAGCUGUAAGCCCGACACAAACUGCCAAUGAUUUUGUGGAUGUUAUUGCUUCUGUUCACAUCUCAGCCUUGAUAACAAGCUGAUUUGGGCCAAUCGUAGAGCGUAGCAAGUGCUAAUAACAAAGCAAUAUACGCAUGCAAUUUAUUUUCGGUAAACCCUUUUAAAACUAAGCAAGAUAACUAGUAGUAAUCGUAGAUUAAAGAGUGCGUUCGAGCACUGGUAGGUAAAGAAAAAAUUCUCGGAACAACAUUUUGUACAUGAGCUGUUAGGUAGGCGUGAAAUUGGCCUUCCCCCAGUAGGGAAAACAAAUGAAUUGAUCGCAAAGCACGUACAUACGAGAGGAUUUGUUCUCAUUUGUGUAUAAUAAUGAAGCCCAAAUCUAAAGCUUUGCUAAUUUUUGCUAAAGGGCUCGUUGUCUUUUGUUAUCAGAUCAAGCAAUACAGUUUUGCUGGUGUUAAACUAGGUCAGCUUAACCUUACGUAUAUUAUGUAAUUUAUAGCUUUUUGUAAAUAAAAAAUGAUGUAUUUAAUUUU